AGAAAAAAAAUCAAAAACCAUAUUUAUUAAUACUCUUGCUCUGUAUCUUCAUUCACAUCAUAAUAUCGAAUUUAGAUCUCUUCUAUUAACACCACUCCCCGCUCUGUUCCUCGCCUCGCGUAUUUGAGAUUCAGAUCCGAUAAGAAACUCGUAACCUCAGAGACUUAUCGAGAAAAAGGCUUCUCUGCUUUUGAAAAAGCUGUCUCCUUUUUGUUUUUUUCUUACUCUGUUUCCAGAAGCUGAGAUUGUUCGAAGAAGAUAGAAUCUCACUCUUUCUUCAUCUCAAAGUGAUACUGAAACUACCAGUCUACUUUUCUUCCUCCGAUUCAUCGAUUCCAUUGCAAAAGCUUCGAUUUUUAUUUAUUUUUAAAUUAGGUUUCUACUCAGAUCCUCUGUCACCGGAAGUGUUCUGAUUUGUCUGAAAAUCUCCGUUCUAUUUUGGACAUUGCGUUUUUGUUUUGUCUGCUUGAUUCGAAGCUCACUGAUUCUCUGUCUCAUAAGUAGUGAUUGCUCAUAUGCUCUGUAGCUGAAAAGAUGCAGCCCGAUCAACGCAAAAAGUCAUCAUCAGUGGAACUAGACUUCUUCACGGAGUACGGCGAAGGCACAAGGUACAGGAUCGAGGAAGUCAUCGGCAAAGGGAGCUACGGAGUCGUAUGCUCGGCCUACGACACACACACGGGAGAGAAAGUCGCCAUCAAGAAGAUCAACGACAUCUUCGAGCACGUCUCCGACGCCACCCGCAUCCUCCGCGAGAUCAAGCUCCUCAGGCUCCUCCGCCACCCGGACAUCGUCGAGAUCAAACACAUCCUGCUGCCUCCUUCGAGGAGAGAGUUCAGAGACAUCUACGUCGUUUUCGAGCUCAUGGAGUCUGAUCUCCAUCAGGUUAUCAAGGCCAAUGAUGACUUGACCCCUGAGCAUUACCAGUUUUUCCUCUAUCAGCUCCUCCGUGGCCUUAAGUAUAUACACACAGCUAAUGUGUUUCAUAGGGAUCUAAAACCAAAGAACAUAUUGGCAAAUGCUGAUUGUAAACUCAAGAUCUGUGAUUUUGGACUUGCAAGAGUUGCAUUCAAUGAUACACCAACUGCUAUAUUCUGGACUGACUAUGUAGCUACUAGAUGGUACAGGGCUCCAGAGCUGUGUGGUUCAUUUUUCUCAAAGUAUACACCAGCGAUAGAUAUAUGGAGCAUAGGGUGCAUCUUUGCAGAGCUUUUAACAGGGAAACCUCUUUUCCCUGGUAAAAAUGUGGUUCAUCAAUUGGAUCUGAUGACUGAUAUGUUGGGAACUCCAUCUGCGGAAGCCAUUGGAAGGGUGAGGAACGAAAAAGCUAGAAGAUACUUAAGCAGCAUGAGGAAGAAGAAACCUAUUCCUUUUUCACAUAAGUUUCCACAUGCUGAUCCUCUCGCUCUUCGUCUUCUAGAAAAGAUGUUGUCCUUUGAACCCAGGGACCGGCCUACAGCUGAAGAGGCCCUUGCGGAUCCUUACUUCAAGGGUUUAGCUAAGGUUGAAAGAGAGCCCUCUGCUCAGCCUGUAACGAAGUUGGAAUUCGAGUUCGAGAGGCGGAGGGUCACAAAAGAGGACGUGAGAGAGCUCAUAUAUAGAGAGUCUCUUGAGUACCACCCAAAGAUGUUGAAAGAAUACUUGGAUGGUUCUGAGCCAACCAACUUUAUGUACCCGAGUGCGGUGGAACAUUUCAAGAAACAGUUUGCUUACCUAGAGGAACACUACAAGAAUGGUACUUCUCAUACUCCCCCUGAGAGGCAGCAGCACGCAUCAUUACCUAGGGCUUGUGUUUUGUACUCCGAUAACAAGAAUGGAGCGGGGGGACAACAGAGUUCAGUGGAAGUCACUGAUGGACUCUCCAAGUGUAGCAUCAGAGAUGAGAGACCGCGUGGAGCAGACAGGAAUGCGCAGCGAAUCCCUGUUAACGUCCCUCAAACAAUUCAAGCAGGUGCAGCAGUAGCUAGGCCUGGAAAAGUAGUUGGGUCAGUGUUACGCUAUAACAACUGCGGAGGGGCAGCCACAGGAGUUGAAGCUCUUGAACAACAACAGCGUAGGAUGGUUAGGAAUCCGGUUGGUGUGGCUCAGUACCCUAAGAGAACUCAACCUUGCAAAAGCAGCAGAGGAGAUGAAGACUGCGACGCUGCCGCCGCAGAAGGUUCGAGUAGAUUGAAACAAAACCCUCAGUAUAUACCACAGAAAGUCGCUGCAGCACAAGACACUGCAAUGAGCCGGUGGUACUGAAGUUGAUUGUUUUGUGUCUUGAAGAAGAAGCUUUACUACACGUCUCAAGUAGAGUGGUGAGAAGAAAGAUUUUUUUCUUACAGGUCCUGUCAUGUUAUUUGUCUUGUUAUCUUGAAAUGACCUUUGUCCUUGACGUUGUAACAAUAUAUAUUGCCUUAAAAAUUCUUAAUAAGUCUUGGUUAGUCCCCACAA